AUGCUGCGAGCUGUCAAAGAGCUUCCUAGCCCACCCCAUGGUCUUGAGCUAUGGCAGCGGACAUCCGAUGUCUACCAGGUCCUUUUCCCAAUUGGUACAUCGUGUUUCGCCGCGCUUCGUCUCAGGCUUCUGCAUCUUGCCCCGAAAUUUUCCGGUGUCGAAAAGAGGGCCAUUCCGUUUCUAAAAUCACGACGCGGGUAUACGUGGGUGAGAGGCCGAGAGACCUUGUCUGCGACUCGGGAGGAGCAUCAGCAACGAUGGCUAGCGACGAAAGCUGUAUAUUCAGAGUCAAAGUUGAUGCAUCUUUACACUUCCCUCGGCAGCCCAUGCCAACCCCUUCGCGAACAUGCACAUCUCCGAGUCUGGGUCGCGCCUCAAUGGCUUUAG